UAAACGCAAAAGUUUCAAGAAACGAACCAUCUUAGACAGUUGGAACCUGCAGAAUUUACCUUUAUUUUAUUUAUUCCAUUACAAUUUUCCUUAGCAGUUUUCUUCCUUUUUUGUUCUUAUUUUUACUUGCUUUGUUUCCAAGCACUGAAAAUAUGAAGGUUCUUGGUUGAAAAAUGACAUAAUAAGUACCUAACUCUAUCUUUCUUCCUUUAUUUUUUACUUUAAUCUUUUUUUAUAACCCUUAACUGCAAAUUUUUAAUCAAACAACCCUUCAAAUAUUUCCCAUUUAUAUGAAACCAAGUGAACUUCCAAGGAGUAAAUAAAAACAACAUAUGGGUUUAUGGAAUUAAGUUGAAAGAAAAUCUGGGUUUGUGAGUUUGAAAUGGUAGCAUUAACAUCCAUGGAAGAAAAACCAUUUCCUGCUUGGUCUUGGUCUGUUGAAAAGUGUUUAAAAGAGUAUAAUGUUAAACUUGAAAAGGGUUUGAGUAGUUAUGAGAUUGAUAAAAGAAGGGAAGAAUAUGGUUGGAAUGAAUUAGACAAAGAGAAAGGGAAGCCUUUAUGGCAUCUUGUAUUAGAACAAUUUGAUGAUAUGCUUACAAAGAUAUUGAUUGUUGCAGCUUUAAUCUCUUUUAUACUUGCUUAUUUACAUGGCCAAGAAUCCGGGGAUUUCGGUUUUGAGGCCUAUGUUGAACCCUUUGUUAUUGUUCUUAUUCUUGUGCUUAAUGCCAUUGUUGGGGUAUGGCAAGAAAGUAAUGCUGAAAAGGCCCUUGAAGCCUUGAAAGAUUUGCAAGGUGAGUCUGCCAAGGUCUUAAGAGAUGGGUACCUUGUCCCGGACUUGCCUGCAAGGGAGUUAGUCCCAGGUGAUAUAGUCGAAUUGCGUGUAGGCGAUAAGGUUCCUGCUGAUAUGAGAGUUGCGGUUUUGAAAACAUCUACCCUAAGAGCCGAGCAAAGCUCAUUGACGGGUGAAUCUAUGCCGGUUUUAAAGUCUACUUUGCCGGUUUAUGUUGAUGAUUGUGAGUUGCAGGCCAAAGAGAACAUGCUUUUUGCUGGGACAACGGUUGUGAAUGGGAGUUGUGUUUGUAUAGUUGUCGAUAUAGGGAUGAGAACUGAGAUCGGAAAGAUUCAGACUCAGAUUCACCAGGCUUCGUUAGAUGAGAGCGAGACUCCUUUAAAGAAGAAGCUUGAUGAGUUUGGUAGUAGGCUUACAACUGCAAUUGGGAUUGUUUGUUUAGUUGUUUGGAUUAUUAACUACAAAUACUUUCUAUCUUGGGAUGUUGUGAAUGGAUGGCCUACGAAUUUCCAAUUCUCUUUCGAGAAGUGUACUUACUAUUUUAAGAUUGCUGUCGCCCUUGCGGUUGCUGCAAUACCCGAAGGACUUCCUGCUGUCAUCACGACGUGUUUGGCUUUAGGCACAAGGAAGAUGGCACAAAAGAAUGCAAUUGUCAGAAAGCUUCCUAGUGUAGAAACCUUAGGGUGCACAACUGUCAUUUGUUCAGAUAAAACAGGCACUCUGACAACCAAUCAGAUGGCUGUGACUGAAUUCUUCACUUUAGGAGGGAAAACUACGACUUCACGAGUUUUCCAUGUUGAUGGAACGACAUAUAAUCCUAAGGACGGUGGGAUUGUCGACUGGAGUUGUUAUAAUAUGGAUGCAAAUCUACAAGCUGUUGCAGAAAUAUCGGCUUUAUGCAAUGAUGCAGGAAUUUUCUGCAAUGGCCGUGCUUAUCAAGCCACAGGUUUUCCUACCGAGGCAGCUCUUAAGGUUUUAAUCGAGAAAAUGGGUGUUCCUGAUACAAAGACGAGGAACAGAAUUCGCGACAUGUAUCUUGCCGCUAAUUACAUGAUCGGUGGCUCUUCGGUCAAAUUAGUUUGUUGUGAUUGGUGGACAAAGAGGUCAAAGAGGCUGGCUACACUGGAGUUUGAUCGAUUUCGUAAGUCUAUGAGUGUGAUCGUUAAGGAGCCAAAUGGGCAAAACCGCCUACUCGUUAAGGGUGCCGUUGAGAGUUUAUUGGAGCGCACUUCACAUGUGCAACUAGCCGAUGGAUCAAUAGUUCCAAUCGAUGAAUCGUGUAAGAAACUUUUGUUGUCGAGACAACUCGAGAUGAGCUCGAAAGGAUUGAGAUGCCUAGGAUUAGCAUACAAGGAUGACUUGGGAGAGCUUUCGGAUUAUAACAAUGAAAGUCAUCCCGCCCAUAGAAGGCUUCUCGAUCCUAAUUGCUACCCCGAAAUCGAGAGUAACCUUAUUUUUGUGGGCGUUGUUGGUAUAAGGGACCCUCCUCGCGAGGAAGUGCAACAAGCGAUGAGUGAUUGUAGACAAGCGGGGAUUGGGGUGAUAGUUAUUACCGGAGAUAACAAGUCCACUGCUGAAGCCAUAUGUCGGGAAAUUCAGUUAUUUUCUCGUACUGACGAUCUUAAGGGAAGAAGCUUCAUUGGCAAAGAAUUUAUGGCACUUUCCUAUUCAGAACAAAAGGAAAUUUUGUCUCGGCCUGGUGGCAAGGUUUUCUCUCGUGCUGAGCCCAAACACAAGCAAGAGAUUGUAAGGACGCUAAAAGAGAUGGGAGAGAUUGUCGCUAUGACAGGAGAUGGUGUUAACGAUGCUCCUGCUUUAAAACUCGCAGAUAUUGGAAUUUCUAUGGGCAUUGCCGGGACUGAGGUGGCAAAAGAAGCCGCAGAUAUGGUACUAGCCGAUGAUAACUUUAGCACCAUAGUUUCGGCUGUUGCUGAGGGUCGUUCGAUUUACAACAAUAUGAAAGCUUUUAUCAGGUACAUGAUAUCAUCAAAUGUAGGUGAGGUCAUAUCAAUAUUCUUGACUGCAGCAUUAGGUAUUCCAGAAUGUAUGAUACCUGUGCAGCUCUUGUGGGUUAAUUUGGUCACGGAUGGCCCGCCUGCAACCGCUUUAGGUUUCAAUCCAGCUGAUAUUGAUGUCAUGCAGAAACCUCCUCGCAAAAGCAAUGAUGCUCUAAUCAAUUCCUGGGUUCUCUUUCGAUACUUGGUGAUCGGUUCCUACGUUGGUGUGGCAACAGUCGGUAUCUUCAUCGUAUGGUUUACUCAACCUUCUUUUCUCGGUAUCAAUCUCAUUAGCGACGGGCACACACUCGUGCAACUAUCUCAGCUACAAACCUGGGGUGAAUGUUCAUCAUGGUCUAAUUUCACCGCCACCCCAUUCACAGUCGCUGGAGGACGCACUAUAAGCUUCACGAAUCCAUGCGACUAUUUCAAUGUUGGUAAAGUGAAGGCAAUGACUCUUUCCCUUUCGGUUUUAGUUGCAAUCGAAAUGUUCAAUUCCCUAAAUGCGUUAUCUGAAGACAGUAGUUUGAUCACCAUGCCGCCAUGGAGAAAUCCUUGGCUUCUAGUCGCUAUGUCUCUAUCUUUUGGGUUACAUUGUCUGAUAAUGUAUGUUCCGUUACUGGCAAAUGUGUUCGGUAUAGUCCCCUUGACUUCCGAUGAAUGGUUACUCGUCAUCAUUGUUUCGGCACCUGUGAUCCUGCUAGAUGAAAUUCUUAAGUUUAUAGGAAGGAAUCGGAGAAACGGUUUAAAGAAGGCGAAGGUGAAGCAAAUAUGAGCCGCCGUGUGCAAUUUCGCAGACUCAAGAUCUAACCGAGAAAGUUUGGAUGAUAAAUAAGUAAAAGAACAUUAUAACUUUGUUUUUCCAUAUGAUUAUAUAUAUACCUUUGUUUUUUCACAUGAUAACAUUUUGUAGCAUAUGGCUAAGCUUAGAAUCAGUAGUAGUGUGACUACUGUCCAUGUACAUUACAACAGAAGGCGUUUUUCGACUUCUUUUGGAAAAUUUGUUAAUAACUGUUACGUUUUGCUAA